AUGUGUUUCAUUUGUCACAUCCAAUUUUUUCCAUAUUUCUUGCCUAGCAAGCAGUUUGAAUGUGCAAUGCACCAACAGGCUAUUCAUGGAGGAUCAAGUUUUAAAGGCGGGCUGGCCCGCCUAUGUUCUAGUGGGUAUGUAACAACAGCACAGGCAAUCGGAUACGCCUCAGAUAUGAAAAUCGAUGUGAUACUUAUAUACGUAAUCGAUCAAUAUGUACUUUGUGGUCACCUUCUGGUCCAUAAAAUCCACUCCUCCCAAAUAGAUCCCACCCAAAGCUUUGUUCGCGGCACAGCUGUCUGGGACUAUCUUGUCCUCGAUCAUAUCCAUAGCUGUCCUGGAUUGGUAAAUCGCAAACAUUCCCGACUUGUGUUCACCAACCAAGUCCCUCCACUUCACCUGCCCAGCGUGUUAUGGGGGGUUGUGGGCUCACGGCGAAUGUUUACUGGACCUGGUGCACCGUACGGGUUUUGCAUGUACGGAUUUUUAAUCGGUGCCAUCGCACCUGUCAUUCCUUGGAUAUUUUUGAAGAUUUGGCCUAGGUCAUUGUGGCGCCUAGUACACACCCCCGUCAUUUUUAGCGGCUUUGUGUGCUAUGGAAUUCUGAAUUUAGGUUAUUUUACACCCGCAAUUCCACUUGCACUAUUCUUUCAGCGGUACGUCAAGAAGCGGUACACCGCUUGGUAUGAAAAUGAGGACAAAAUAGAAAAGUACGCUUUGACUCUCACCGCUGGGAUCAGCUCUGGCAUUGCAAUUUUUGGACUAUUCUAUUUCUUUGCGCUCCAAUUCAAUGGACAAAACUACCCUUGGGUCGGAAAUGUUGCGUUCCGGGCCGGAUGCGACGGGUCAGUGUGCACUUUGCGGGAGGUACCACAAGAGGGCUUUGGACCCACGUCUUGGAAGUAA